GGCAACAUGGCGCCCUUCAUGCGGGCGUCAACGUCGGAUCCAAGCGCCAAAUUCAAAUUCGCGGCCAUCUUGAGCGGGCGGAAUUCAGUCGCGCGCGGCGCAGUCGGGAGGUGGAGGCACUGGCUGCAUUGUUCUCGGGAUCGAGGGGUGAGGGCGCUAUGGCACCCGGCUGCAAAACUGAGUUACGCAGCGUGACAAAUGGUCAGUCUAACCAACCAAGUAAUGAAGGUGAUGCCAUCAAAGUGUUUGUGCGAAUUCGUCCUCCUGCAGAAAGAUCUGGGUCAGCUGAUGGAGAGCAGAACUUAUGCUUAUCUAUGCUCUCCUCCACGAGUCUCCGGCUGCACUCCAACCCUGAGCCCAAGACCUUCACGUUUGAUCAUGUUGCAGAUGUGGAUACCACUCAGGAGUCUGUAUUCUCAACUGUGGCUAAAAGCAUUGUGGAGUCUUGCAUGAGCGGUUAUAAUGGUACCAUCUUUGCAUAUGGACAGACUGGCUCAGGGAAGACAUUUACUAUGAUGGGACCAUCUGAAUCUGAUAAUUUUUCUCAUAACCUGAGAGGAGUAAUCCCACGAAGUUUUGAAUAUUUGUUUUCCUUAAUUGAUCGUGAAAAAGAAAAGGCUGGAGCUGGAAAGAGUUUCCUUUGUAAGUGUUCCUUUAUUGAAAUCUACAACGAGCAGAUAUAUGACCUACUGGACUCUGCAUCGGCUGGACUGUACUUAAGGGAGCAUAUCAAGAAGGGAGUCUUUGUUGUUGGUGCGGUGGAGCAGGUGGUAACCUCAGCUGCUGAAGCCUAUCAGGUGUUGUCUGGAGGAUGGAGGAACAGACGUGUGGCAUCAACAUCAAUGAACAGAGAAUCGUCUAGGUCUCAUGCCGUCUUUACAAUUGCAAUAGAGUCAAUGGAGAAAAGUAAUGAGAUUGUGAAUAUACGGACCUCCCUACUCAACCUGGUGGAUUUAGCAGGAUCUGAAAGGCAAAAAGAUACCCAUGCAGAAGGGAUGAGAUUGAAGGAAGCAGGUAACAUAAAUCGAUCAUUGAGCUGCCUGGGCCAAGUGAUUACAGCACUUGUCGAUGUGGGUAAUGGAAAACAGAGACAUGUUUGCUACAGAGACUCCAAACUUACCUUCUUACUACGGGAUUCCCUUGGAGGUAAUGCCAAAACAGCCAUAAUUGCAAAUGUUCAUCCUGGAUCCAGGUGUUUUGGGGAAACCCUAUCAACACUUAACUUUGCUCAAAGAGCCAAGCUGAUUAAAAACAAGGCAGUAGUAAAUGAAGACACCCAAGGAAAUGUGAGCCAGCUCCAAGCUGAAGUGAAGAGGCUCAAAGAACAACUGGCAGAGCUUGCUUCAGGACAGACACCACCAGAAAGCUUCCUGACCAGAGACAAAAAGAAGACUAACUAUAUGGAGUAUUUCCAGGAAGCAAUGUUAUUCUUUAAGAAAUCUGAACAGGAAAAGAAGUCUCUGAUAGAAAAAGUUACCCAAUUAGAAGACCUCACCCUCAAAAAGGAAAAAUUUAUUCAGUCUAAUAAAAUGAUUGUGAAAUUCCGAGAGGAUCAAAUAAUACGCUUGGAAAAGCUCCACAAGGAAUCCCGGGGAAGUUUUCUGCCUGAGGAGCAGGAUCGUUUGCUCUCAGAAUUAAGGGAUGAGAUUCAAACUCUGCGAGAACAAAUAGAGCACCACCCCAGAGUUGCAAAGUAUGCUAUGGAAAAUCAUUCCCUCAGGGAGGAGAAUAGAAGACUGAGAUUAUUAGAGCCUGUGAAAAGAGCUCAAGAAAUGGAUGCCCAGACCAUUGCAAAACUAGAAAAAGCUUUCUCUGAAAUAAGUGGCGUAGAGAAAAGUGACAAAAAUCAGCAAGGAUUUUCUCCUAAAGCUCAGAAAGAGCCAUGUUCAUUUGCAAACACUGAGAAGUUAAAAGCACAACUCCUGCAAAUUCAGACAGAGCUGAAUAAUUCAAAGCAAGAAUAUGAAGAAUUCAAAGAACUCACUAGGAAAAGGCAGCUAGAAUUGGAAUCAGAGCUUCAGUCUUUGCAAAAAGCGAACCUUAAUCUUGAAAACCUUUUGGAAGCAACAAAAGCCUGCAGGCGGCAAGAAGUUUCUCAGCUGAAUAAAAUUCAUGCUGAAACACUUAAGAUUAUAACUACACCAACCAAGGCCUACCAACUUCGUUCCCGACCAGUACCAAAAUUAAGCCCUGAAAUGGGAAGCUUUGGCUCUCUAUACACUCAGAAUUCUAGCAUAUUAGAUAAUGAUAUAUUAAAUGAGCCAGUUCCACCUGAGAUGAAUGAACAAGCUUUUGAGGCCAUUUCUGAAGAGCUUAGAACAGUGCAGGAACAAGUGAGUGCUCUUCAAGCCAAAUUGGAUGAAGAAGAGCAUAAAAACCUAAAGCUUCAGCAGCAUGUUGACAAACUGGAACAUCAUUCUACCCAAAUGCAGGAGCUUUUCUCAUCAGAAAGAAUUGAUUGGACCAAACAGCAGGAAGAGCUUCUCUCACAGUUGAAUGUGCUUGAAAAGCAGCUUCAAGAGACUCAAACUAAAAAUGACUUUUUGAAAAGUGAGGUACAUGACCUGCGAGUAGUCCUUCAUUCAGCUGACAAGGAGCUUUCUUCAGUGAAAUUGGAAUAUAGUUCAUUCAAAACGAGUCAGGAGAAGGAAUUCAACAAACUUUCCGAAAGACACAUGCAUGUACAGCUUCAAUUAGAUAAUCUCAGGUUAGAAAACGAAAAGCUGCUUGAGAGCAAAGUCUGCCUACAGGAUUCCUAUGACAACUUACAAGAAAUAAUGAAAUUUGAGAUUGACCAACUUUCAAGAAACCUCCAAAACGGCAAAAAAGAAAAUGAAACUCUGAAAUCUGAUCUGAAUAAUUUGAUGGAGCUUCUUGAGGCAGAAAAAGAACGCAAUAACAAAUUAUCAUUACAGUUUGAAGAAGAUAAAGAAAACAGUUCUAAAGAAAUCUUAAAAGUUCUUGAGGCUGUACGUCAGGAGAAACAGAAAGAGAUGGCCAAGUGUGAGCAGCAGAUAGCAAAAGUACAGAAACUAGAAGAGAACUUGCUUGCUACUGAAAAAGUGAUCAGUUUCUUGGAAAAGUCUAGAGAUUCUGAUAAGAAAGUUGUAGCUGACCUCAUGAACCAGAUCCAGGAGCUAAGAACAUCAGUCUGUGAGAAAACAGAAACUAUAGACACCCUGAAACAAGAACUGAAGGACAUAAAUUGCAAAUACAACUCUGCUUUGGUUGACAGAGAAGAGAGCAGAGUGUUGAUCAAGAAGCAGGAAGUGGAUAUUCUGGAUCUGAAAGAAACCCUUAGGCUGAGAAUACUUUCUGAGGACAUAGAGAGGGAUAUGCUCUGUGAGGACCUGGCUCAUGCCACUGAGCAGCUGAACAUGCUCACAGAGGCCUCAAAAAAACACUCGGGGCUGCUGCAGUCUGCCCAGGAAGAACUGGCCAAGAAGGAAGCCCUGAUUCAGGAACUUCAGCACAAGCUAAACCAAAAGAAAGAGGAAGUAGAACAGAAGAAGAAUGAAUAUAACUUCAAAAUGAGGCAACUAGAACAUGUGAUGGAUUCUGCUGCUGAGGAUCCCCAGAGCCCUAAAACACCACCUCACUUUCAAACACAUUUGGCAAAACUCCUGGAAACACAAGAACAAGAGAUAGAAGAUGGAAGAGCCUCUAAGACUUCUUUGGAACACCUUGUAACAAAGCUAAAUGAAGACAGAGAAGUCAAAAAUGCUGAAAUCCUCAGAAUGAAGGAGCAGUUGUGUGAGAUGGAAAACCUACGCCUGGAAAGUCAGCAGUUAAUAGAGAAAAACUGGCUCCUGCAAGGUCAGCUGGAUGAUAUUAAAAGACAAAAGGAAAACAGGCCUGCGGUAUUUCAGACAAGCUGCCAGCACCAGGACAGUUACUCAGCAACAGCCAUCUCCGCCAGUGAACAAACGCCAGCUCCUGCACUGAGCUUCUGUGACCUUGAUCAGAAUCAUCCAGACAAUCAACAGCUGAAGAAUGAACAAGAAGAAAGUAUCAAAGAAAGACUUGCACAAAGUAAAAUAGUUGAAGAAAUGCUGAAAAUGAAAGCAGACCUAGAAGAAGUCCAAAGUGCCCUUUACAACAAAGAGAUGGAAUGCCUUAGAAUGACUGACGAAGUCCAACGAACCAGAACUUUGGAGUCUAAAGCAUUCCAGGAAAAAGAACAACUGAGAUCAAAGCUGGAAGAAAUGUAUGAAGAAAGGGAGAGAACAUCCCAGGAGAUGGAAAUGUUAAGGAAGCAGGUGGAGUGUCUUGCUGAGGAAAAUGGAAAGUUGGUAGGUCACCAAAAUUUGCAUCAGAAGAUUCAGUACGUAGUGCGACUAAAGAAGGAAAAUGUCAGGCUUGCUGAGGAGACAGAAAAGUUGCGUGCUGAAAAUGUAUUUUUAAAAGAAAAGAAAAGAAGUGAAUCAUGAGGAUUCCGGUCAACUACCUAGGCAUCACCUGGUUUGAAGAUGUUUCUUCUCUUUUACAAGUAAGACCUACUCUUGGCCACGUAGGAGAGCUGAAUUUAUGGACCUUAAUUAUUAAAUGUUUUAUAAGGUGGUAGUGGCUGAGCCUCAAGUUUCUGAUGAACAUUCUGCAUCCAUAUACACCCUGUGACAGUCAGCAGUCUGCUAUUAAGUGGCCUACUUCGAGGCUUUGAAUCAACUUUAAGGGAAAACCUUUUGUCUUUGUGAAAAUAAAAGCCUGUAGCUAAGGUUUACAGUGGACGUUAGCCAGAUCCUUUUCUUCUUAGAUUAUGCCAUAAUCUCCUUUGAUUCUUAUGGAAGUUCUAACAAUAUAUGGUGGUUCCAACACCUGCAGUGAGUUUAAUGACUGACUUAGUAGCAGGUACAAGAAGCAAACUUGUUAAUAUAGAUUAUUUUUGUAUUCUUACUUUAGGUAUUUUCUUGAGCAUUUUCCAUGACUGUAAAUAAAGCCAUUUUUUAAGAUAAUAA